AUGGCAAGCGCGGGUCAGCUCAGCGUGGGCGCAGUGCGGAGGCUCCGCCACGAAGGGCCCAGCUACCUCUUCAAGCCAGUGCUGCAGGUGGUGGCAUUGGACGACGCUCCCAACGCCCUGCUGUUGAGCCUUUCGGACUCCCAGCACAUCGCCGUGGCCUCUGUACCGCGGGAGUCUGCCGUGAUAGAGCACGACUUGGUUCAGCUCAAUGACUGGCAGGUGCAGUGGCACCAGGAUGUUUUCAUGCUACAGAAUGCUACCAUCAGCCAUUGCGGGCACCACAACGGGGUGAUCGGCAAUCCCAUCCCAGAUAUGGAGCGAGAGCCGCCGGCCCGCGAGAGCGUGAUGUUUUCGACGUCAGCACCGCAGCAGCUGCAGGUGGCGCCCACACCGCUCCGCAACCUGCCGGCGGCGAUGCUGUGA